CGCAGUGUACACCAUCUCCACGUUUUGCCAAAGGAGGUGGCGUCGUUGCCGAGUGCGCUAGUUCCCACUCUCUCUCUCUCUCUCUCUCACUCUCUUCUCUAUUUCUCUCUUUUUCUCUAUAUCAGUUUAACUCGUUUUAAUUUUAUACGGAUUACGAUUAAACCCCCUGCGGACGCUGAAGUUUUACUUUUUUUUUUUUUUUAUAUAUAUUUUUAUUUCACUGUCCCGUUUGUUUGAUAUCAAAUCCAAACCACACGUCCCCGUGUCGUCGUCGUUGUCGUCGUCGUCGUUGUUGUUGUUAUCGUCGUCUAACCACCGGUCUUCGUCAUUUAUCCUUUUGUGUGUGCGUGCGUGCGUGCGCGUGCUUUUCCCAUCCCCGUCUUUGUUUUACUUUCUCUCCCCCUUUUUUUCCCUUUUUUUUUUAUUUCUUUUUUUCUGUUUUCUUUUCGUUUCGAUUUUUGAAUUCCUCGAACCUGGUUCAUAUUAUUAUUUACAUGUGCGUUUACUCAGCUCCCUUUACGAAUUGUGUCGUUCGUCGAUGAACAUUAUUCGCGAUUAAUCGUUGCCGGUGUUGAGUUGAGUUGAAAGGGGGUAUUUGGGGGGAAUUGCAUUGGCUGACGUGUUGUUGUUCUCUCAGGAAAAGGACGCGAAGAACGAGCCGAAGGAUUUCCGGGAUCCGCAAACACGCGGAAUCAAACAGGCAGCGUGGAGCGCUCGGCGAUCGUGUGGCCGCGCGCCGCGGACCUCUACCUUUAUCAGCCAGGGUGUGCAUUUCUCACCUACUACAGCCGUGACAGCGCCAUCAGUGCCCAGAACGCUCUACAUGAGAAGCGGACUUUACCAGGGGGUGUGACGGGCGACCGGCUGGCCGGGGGCGCCGCACACCUCCUCCAUCUCUUCUUCUUCUUGCCACGUCCACAACACACAAUGUAACAUCAACUACCACUACUAGAGUCGUCCGCGCGAACCACGUUCUCAAUGUACUCGAUGUGAUGAACCGUCCUAUUCAAGUGAAGCCGGCGGACAGUGAAAACCGCGGAGACAGAAAGCUGUUCGUGGGAAUGCUCAGCAAGCAACAAACUGAAGACGAUGUCCGACAAUUGUUCGCUGCCUUCGGCACAAUAGAGGAGUGCACCAUCCUCCGUGGUCCAGACGGUAGCAGCAAAGGCUGCGCAUUCGUUAAGCUGUCGUCGCAUCAAGAAGCACUAGCGGCGAUAAAUUCUCUACACGGUAGCCAAACUAUGCCGGGUGCGUCAUCCAGCGUAGUGGUAAAGUUCGCGGACACUGAGAAAGAGAGACAACUAAGACGCAUGCAGCAAAUGGCCGGGAACAUGAGCCUCCUUAACCCUUUUGUCUUCAGUCAGUUCAACGCUUACGGCGCUUACGCCCAGCAACAAGCAGCGCUUAUGGCAGCUGCAACGGCACAGGGAACGUAUAUCAGCCCAAUGGCUGCACUAGCUGCUGGGCAACUACCACACGCCCUUAAUGGCAUGCCAAAUCCCGUUGUACCACCGACUUCCGGUUUGCUCGUAGGUUCCACAGGACAGCCAGUUAACGGGGCGAUACCGUCGUUACCCUCGCCGACGAUGCCCAAUUUCAACAUGGCCGCCCAAACACCAAACGGUCAACCAGCAGGUUCGGAUCCAGGUGUCUAUACCAACGGGAUACCGCAAACCUACUCGGGACAUGCCCUCCAUUUGUCGAUUCCAGCACAGGGGCUGCCCAAUGGGGAGGCGACACUUCAACAUGCCGGAUAUCCUGGAAUGCAAGCUUAUCCUCCUAGUGUCGCUUAUUCCACCGUCUACGGCCAGUUUCCUCAAGCUAUUCCUCAGCCGAUGACCGCCGCUGUGGCACCUACGCAAAGGGAAGGAUGCUCUAUCUCAGGACCCGAGGGCUGCAACCUCUUCAUCUACCACCUGCCACAGGAGUUUGGUGACCCCGAGCUCAUGCAGAUGUUCAUGCCCUUCGGCAACGUCAUCUCCUCGAAGGUCUUCAUCGACCGGGCCACUAACCAGAGCAAAUGCUUCGGUUUCGUGUCGUUUGACAAUCAAGCGAGCGCGCAAGCAGCGAUCCACGCGAUGAACGGCUUCCAAAUAGGAAUGAAACGGUUAAAGGUCCAACUGAAGAGGCCCAAGGAUUCUAGCAAGCCAUACUAACCCACGUCCUAGCGUAGAAAAACUGGACGGAUUGCGCCCUACGUCAUAACUUACAGAAUGUCGUACGAGAAUGCAAGCCAUUUGGAAGCUCGACGAUCAGGAGUGACGAGUUUAAAUCACCGCUACAACGCUCCUCUCCAUCGUAAUAACCUAGUAUACUAGCUAGUUAAUUUCACAUAGAGAAUAGUAUCUAGAGAGAACGAGAUAGAGAGACAAGAUAAAUCUCAAAGAUCUUCGUCGAUACGUCAUGGUAGAAAAUUAAAAUGUUUAACGUUUCUACCUAUACAGCGACCGACGAUAAUGAUGAUGAUGAUGAUGAUGAUGAUGAUAAACGAAAAGAUUCAAAAGUAAAAAGAAAAAGAAAAAAAAAAGAAAAAAAAAUACCAAAUGGAGGAGAUUAUCGAGAUCGUUACUCUUCAUUUUUAUGCGCGCUAAACCCAAAUUCGAAGAGACCAAAAGGAACCAAAAAAAAAAAAAUAAAAAUAUAUAUAUAUAUAUAUAUAUAUAUAUAUAUAUUUCAAGAAAGUCGGGAAAAUCAUCAAAUUCUCUCUCUCUUCGUUGAAGUUUUAAAAUUGACGUUUUCAAAACAACAAGAUCCAAAUUUUAUCUACUACAUUUAAUCAUUUAUAUUCAAAAUUCCUUUUUACUUUUCUUCCUCGUAACUCUGUCCAUAAGAAUUGAUUUUUAUUAUUAUAAUUUUUACUUUCAAAUCUCUUCGUUAUCCUCAUCCCUUAACUUUAAAAAUCCCAUCUCUCUCUCCACCCUCCUACAACUUAUUGUCUAAUUUUUCAAGAGAUUGUUGGAUCCGCUAAAAGAGAAUUUGAAAAACAUUUUAAAUAAAAACAAAACGGAAGAGAGAAGGAAGAGGAUGAGGAGAAAGUGAUGGAGGAGGAGGAGGAGGAGAAGAAAGACGAAGAGGAAGGAAGAAGAAAAAAAAGAAAACAAGAAAAAACCAAUGAAGCUCGACGAACUUGGGCUCAGCGUCAAGAUUCGAAGAUCCUGCGAGUUCAUCCAAGUGUCUCUCUCCUAUAUAUGUAUAUAUACAUACACACAUACACACACACACACACAUAUUUAUAUAUAUAAAAAAAUAUAUAUAUAUAUAUAAGAAUUUUAACGCGCAUCGUCGCGCGCCGUAGGUUUUAUAUACACUCUGGCAAAUUAGAAAAAGAGAGAGAACGAAUUUAAGCGCUGUGAGUUUCCAAAAGAAAGAAAUGAAAAACAUUUUCUAUGUUAUCCAAAAACUCAUGACGCUUCUCUCGUUCUCCCUAUAUAGCACAUAUAUAAUUGAUUACGAUUAUAUUCUUAUUAACUUAUUAUCAUUAUUCUUAUUAUAUUCUUAUGAAGUCGCGAGCAAUUUUCCGGCUGAAAGUAUUUACAUAUGCAUAUUAUUAUCAUUAUUAUAAUUAUUAUUAUUAUUAUUUUUAGUUUGAUAAGUAUUAUUAUUAUUAUUAUUACAUUUAUAUACACAUAUACGUAACAUACAGAAACACACACAUACAUACACGCAUCACACAGGGAAAAGUUUCUACAGAAUUUUCACACAGGCGUAUAUAUUUCAAGGGUUACUUUUCCAGCGUCGAGAUAAGGAAAAAAACAAACAAAACGAAUAUGUAAAAUCAUUUUUUUUUGUUCGACCGACCGCACACUGCAUCGCCCGAGAAAUGUCAACUAGGCUGUGAUUAUACCGAACAUACAAAAAAACGAAAAAGAAUUUAAAAAAUAAAUAAAAUGAAAAAAAAAAAGCGAAGAAGAACGGGAGAGCGAGGAAGGAAGGAAAAAAACCAAAGAUAAAGUAAGAAGAAGGGGGUGGUAGGGAAGAAAAAAAAGUGAUAAUAAGAAACCAAAGAGCAACGGAAUCAGCAUUUUGUUAUUUUUUUCGUAGUUACGGUUGGGGGAGAAAAAAUUUUGUCAAACAAGAAUUGCAUCGUAUUCGAGAGAAGGGAACACAUAGAUUAUUCCACAACAAGAACAACAAAAUACAAAAACAACAACAAAAUGAAUCCAAUAGUCUUUUUUUAAUAUUUUUUUUUUAAUUCGAUAUUCCUGACUCACGCUACUACUAUUAUUACAACAACUACUACUACUACUACGACAACUACUACUACUAUGACUAAUACUAACUACUGCUACUAUUGCUAGUACUACUAUUACUAUUAUUACUACUACUACUACUACUACUACUACUAUGCUAGUCAACACUUCUAGUCGCUCACAUCUACGAGUGGAGAAACGAAUCACGGGUUGAGAUUUUCAAGUAUCGUGGAUUUACCAGCACGCUUUGCCAUUAUUCUUCGUCGUUAUAUUAUAUCGAUUUAAUGAUGAUGAUUAUAAUGAUGAUGAUAAUGACGAUGAUGAGACACAUAGUACAAUCACAAAAAAAAAAGAAAUAAAAAAAGAAAAAAAAAGAUGAUAAAAGAGAAGUAACAAGACCAGAAAAUGGCUUAGCGUGCGGAAAACCUUUAUCCUGCCAGAAUCCGAGCUACUCCUCGGUCCUUCGAAAGAUACGUCAAUUCACGCGCUGGGAACACGAGAAUUUAACAAACAAAAAUAAAAAACAAAAAAAAUUGUAUAUCUAAUUCGUAGCUCGUUUAUAUUGUUUGUUGCGGAAUCUAUAGAAUUGUGUUCUCCUAUUGAGGAGAAAGAAUAAGAAGAAGAAAAUGAUGAUGAAGAAAAAGUAAAAGAAUAAAAAAUAAUAAAAAGAAUUAUUAACGCUUCAUAUACUUACGUACAUACUUAUGUAAAAGAAAAAAGGAAAAAAAAACACAUACAUAUAUAGGGAAGCUAAGGCUAGCCGAUUUUUUUCUUCUAUUGUCGUUAUAAAAAAAUGAGGGGAAAAAUAGACCAAACGAUUAGAGAAAGGAAGAAUAACGAAUAGGGAGGAGGGAGAAGAACGAUUGAAUAUUUAAAAAAAAAAAUAAAA